AUCAAGAACCAAUCCCUUCCAGAGGCAAGUGCAUUUGUUUAACCCAUUAGAAAAGUCAAUUGAGAGAAUGCUUCAGGCUACUGUGGCUUCAAUUCCUGAAGCAAAAGAGGAAUACCUUGGAUCAUCUAUUGUUGAACGUACUAGUCGAUUACACUCAUUUGCAGAUUUAGGUCCUGCUGAUUUAUGUAAUAUACAUAAGCAGUCUACGACUUCAAAGAAAAAUACUGAGAUUGGGACUUUUUUAUAUUUUACUGGGGUUGAUACUUCGAAUUCUGCUUCAAUUGCAGCUCAUUUACAGAGUUUGGCCACUUUAAUAGGUUCUAAAUCACAAUAUUGGUUUGGAGAGAAAAAACAUUGGAAAGUCCCCGAAUUAACUUAUUGUACUUAUAAUGCUUUCUCAAAAGUUGAUAUGAGAGUCACUGUUCAUAUUCCUGGGAAAUUUGAAAGUCAUGUUGUGAAUAAUGAUGGCAAAUUUGUUCAUGAUAAGAUUAGUGAUGAAGAAUUGGAUAAUUUAUGGUUGGAAACUUUUGUCAGUUCAAUAGUCAGAUGUAUGAUUGAUUCCGAUGAUGACGAUGCCAAUAAAGUUGGUGGGUUGGUUGAAGUUCGUAAAAUUAAUCCUUUCAAUAAUGGUAAAGCUUCUCAUAAAUUAUUAAAAUAUUUUAUCGAAGGAUUUGAGAAGUUUUUUUGGGAUGGUCCUAAAUUAGGUUGUGGGGUGGAAAUUCCUCAACCAAGUUUGAUUUCUAAUUAUCUUGUUGAUGGGUUUUUGAAAGUAAUCCAAUUAACGCAAUCUUAUGAUUUGGCUCUUGAAGCUUUACAAAGAUUAGAAGAAAGAGAACCAAGUGUAAUUACUUUGAUUGCUCAAGUUUUGUUAUUAAAAGAUGAAGAAAUAAAAGCCGUUCAACUUAUGAAUGAAGGUAUUGAAAAAAACAAACGUGAUGCUGAUUUAUUAUUACUACAAGCUCAAUUUUGUAUGGAUAAAAAAAGAUACGAUUUAGCUUUACACUUAGCGAAACAAGCGGUUAAAUCGUCUCCUUCGGAUUUUAAAACUUGGGCUAUUCUUGUGAAAGCCUAUACAAAAUUAAAUGAUUUUGAAAAUGCUUUAUUGACCUUAAAUUCCUGUCCAAUGAAUUCUCAUAAAGAAAAAUAUUCUUUGAAAAGAGUUGUUCCCCUUAGAGGUGGUAACGAAGAUUUACACUUACCUUCACCUGUUGAUGUCACUUUAGAUGAAGUUUCAAAUUUACAGAGUAAUGAAAUCAGUUAUGAACAAAGAAACUUGGAUCCUCAAUUAGUUAAUUUACCUGCUGCUAAUUUAAAAUCAACUUUUGCGAAAGCUUAUGACUUAUUGACUGAAAUCGUAAUGAAAACAGGUUGGGAAUCUCUAUUGAAAUAUCGUGCCAAAGUUUUCGUUAUGGAAGAAGAGUAUCGUAAAGAUAAACACGCAAAUGGCCAUACUAGAAAAAAUUCAACAAAUUCCGUAGCCAAUGGCGGAGAAAAUGCUUCAGAGAAUGGUAAUGCUUCAGAAAAUGAUGCAUCUUCCACCGUGGCCAUUAAAUCUCCAAAGAAAGAAAUCAACGGUACCAGUGAAACUUCUCCGAGUGAUGCUUCAACCAAACUCGAUGAGUCUUAUGAAAAUGAGUUUAAAAAGAAAAGAUUGUGUGAAAGAUGGUUAGAUAAUUUAUUUAUGUUAUUAUACGAAGACUUAAGAGCAUAUACCAUUUGGCAAGCCGAAUAUGUUCAUUUCCAAGCUCAACAAAUGGAGUACAAGAAAACAACAUUAGAGUGGGAAAUUUUAGGUUUAAUAGCCUUCAGAUUAAAACAUUUUAAAGAAGGAUCUAUCGCUUUCGCAAACGCUUUAAGUGGUCGGUUUUCUGCCAAAUCACAAAGAGAAAUCUUGAAAUACUAUAUAAUGGAAAGAAGUAAGAUCUUAUCGAAAAACUCAAAUAAUUCAUCAUCCCAAUCCUCUAAUGAUAACUCAUCAACUUACACUCAUAAUUAUACUAAAAUCGUUAACCAAUUAAACGAAAGAAUCUUGGAAAGUUGUAUAAAAUUGUUGGUUUGGAAUCAUAGAUGGUAUGUCGACUUUUCUCCAACCUUGAUAAAUACUUUAGCUGAUCUUGUUUCAAAAGAAGGUUUAAUCAAAAUUCAAUCAUUGGUUCAAGCAGUUUACUCAAACAAUAUAAACCCAUCUGACAACACCGGUAAUCAUGGAAUUACUGAUAUGAUGGAUGACUUAUAUACAUUCUUCAAAGAAUAUGAAUCCCUGGGUUUUGACAAUUAGAGACUCUAAUGUUCUCCCCUUUCGAUGCAUAGCUACGACUUAAAAUCUACGAGCUACGCUCAAAAAAUUUUUGGCCUUACGCCUUUCUAGAUCACUACUCUUGCUUAAUUUAUAGCUUUUUUAAUUUCUUG